GAUCGGCCUAACUGUUGCUAACGGCGGGAAAGUAUCUUUUAUGCAGCAGGAACGAACCACGGAUGUCCGGAUAAAUGUGUCUGAAUUGACAAAGCGUGUAGAGUUAGCUUAGCUUGUUAGCUGGUAACGGGGACGUAUGUUAGCGCAGCAACCAGUGGUAGCAACGCUGACAGUCUGACGGAGAAAAAAAGUUUCUGUCAUCGUGUUAAAAUGUCUAAAGUCCAAAUGCUGAGAGCUGUGGUCGACCAGCGACUAACUGCGGCUGCUGAAGAGAUAUUUGUGCUGUUUGAAAGAUCGAUAGCAGAGUACGAGGAGGAACUUUCUCGAUCCAAAGAGGAGAACGAGCGACAACGCAAACUACUGGACGCUGUUUUCAACCCUCAACUUCAGCUACACAGAGCAGACGUCCAGCAGCUGUUGGAGAGUAAAGAAGAGGUUCCACCUGAGCAGCAGCAGGAGUGGAGCUCCAGUCUGGACCAGGAGGACCCAGAACCCCCACACAUUAAAGAGGAAGAGGAGGAACUGUGGACCAGUCAGGAGGGAGAGCAGCUUCAAGGACUGGAGGAGGCUGAUAUCACUACGUUUACACUCAUUCUUGUUCCUGUGAAGAGUGAAGAUGAUGAAGAGAAACCUCAGUCCUCACAGCUUCAUCAAAGACAAACUGAACAGAUGGAAACAGAAGCUGAUGGAGAGGACUGUGGAGGAUCAGAACCAGAUCCAGAUAAACAUUUACAACCCGUUAGCGAUGACAAGACUUCAGACACUCCUGAGACUGACGUCAUCGAUGACCGGACAGAGAGCAGGAAACAUCGAUCACGUUUAAACACUCUUAAAAAUAACGAAGACCCUUUAAGUGACGUGACCCACAACGCUGCUGAGGGAUCGUUUAGCUGCUCUGAAUGUGGUCAAAGAUUUGGCCGCAAACCACAUCUGAACACACAAAUGAGAAUUUACACAGGAGAGAAACCAUUUAGCUGCUCUUUUUGCGGCAAAACAUUUUCUCAAAAGGGAAACUCAACGAGUCACACGAGACUUCACACGGGAGAAAAACCGUUCAGUUGCACAGUUUGUAAGAAAACGUUCAGAUAUAACAGCGACGUUAGAAGACACAUGAGAACACACACGGGGGAGAAACCGUUUAAUUCUAACAUGGCGCUCAGACGGAGAUUUGAUGUCAAGUUCAAAGAGAGAGUUUUGCAGUAUGCGGAGGAACAUUCAGGAGAGAAAGCUGCAAAGCACUUUGACAUCGACUCGAAAAGAAUCAGGUACUGGAAGAAGCAGAAGAAUGAGCUGCUGUUAGCCGACAAGAGGAGAGCACGGCUAGCUGGAGGCGGGAGGAAAACAUCUAGCUUGGAGCUAGAGAGAAGGCUUUCAGCGUGGAUUUACUCAAUGCAGGAUGAACAGAUCCAAAUAUCCAAAGAAAUGAUCAAAAAUAAAGCGUUGGAGAUCUACUCUUCAGUGAGUGAUGGAGGCAAGAUGUUUAUGGCUAGUAGAGGUUGGCUACAGAAAUUUCUACAGCGACACAACCUCUCACUUUGACAUCGCACCACUUCACCACCAAACUCAACGUCUUCAAAGUUGGCUGUAUAUACUUAUAAUCAGAUAUCUUGAUGUGGCUCAUCUAUCAGUGUCUAUUUACCAAUAACGGUAUUGAUCAAACUGAGGUAGUGGCAGCCAAACACACAAUAACUAACUGCACAUCUGGCAACACAUCUGCUCCCAGUCUCAAUAUUAGGAUGAGAACAUAUAACUUACCGGCUGGAAAAAACAUGUCAAACAAUCAAAGGAGGAGUCGAGGCGCACAUCAGAACCGUUACUGCCCGCUCUUGUCAGCUGGUUGCUCAGGUGCGUCACCAGUGGAGAAAUCCGCCUAACCAGUCUCAGAGUUUAUUACAUUCAUCCCCACUUCCUGGUGUGCCCCCCCCCCCCACCAAAGCUGAACUGAAAUGUGGCUUCAACAGCAGUGAUGCAGGGAGGCUGCACUGGAAAUAUCCAACAAGCCCCCGAUGUGAUGUGGAACCAGCGCUGGAAGCAGAGUCUGCAUGAUGAAGAUCAGUGGACGGCUGGAGACGCAGAUAAGGAAAACACAGCGGGAGGCAACGUAAAAGCCCCCCCGCCCGCCCGCCGCCUGCUUGUGGACCGGGUGGUCUCUCCGCCUGGACAAGGAUACGAUCAGAAAGUCUUUGAGAGUUCAGAGAGGAGCGAAGACGACCUCGUCCUCUGCUUCUGGGACGGACGGACCUGCGCUGCCGGACGGGAGGCUCUUGCAGCUCUGACAGCGGGAGAGCAGGCGCCAAGCAACCCAGGAUGAGGAAGAUGAAGAGGAGCUAUUUAACAAUGAACCUGUUCUCGAUGGUGAUGAGGAGGACUGUGAUAAUGGUUAGGAUGGUGAUUUUUGAGUGGGAGGAUAUUGACCACCUGUGAUUUAUUGAUCGGAUGUUAGUAUUUGGGAUUUGCUUGCAGUUGAAUCUGAUCAUUAUUAGAUAUCUGACGGACUAUUGAUGUUUAAAUCCAGAGUAUCUCAGAUUUGUUUUGAUUUCAUGUUGUGACACAUGGGCAUGUUUACGCUCCGGUACGUGACUGGUCGUACUUCACAUGAGUUAAAUUGAUCGUAUGUGUAGAUUUAGUAUUGAUGACUUUUUAAGAAUACACUUUUAGAAGGUGAAUACUGGUACUGUUAGCUAGCUUGCAAUACUGUAAUUUACUGUUUUACACUUUGUCUGAAGAGGAGAUUUCCAAUAAAUGUACCUGUUAUGUUUUACAGAGUUUAAACUGA